AUGCCCGAGGUGAACACGGACGAGCUGGACGAGCAGCAGGUGCAGCUGCUGGCCGAGAUGUGCAUCCUCAUCGAUGAAAACGACCGCAGGAUUGGGGCGGACACCAAGAAAAACUGUCACUUGAAUGAAAACAUUGAUAAAGGAUUGUUGCACCGAGCAUUCAGUGUUUUCUUAUUCAAUACAGAAAAUAAGCUGUUGUUGCAGCAGAGAUCACAUGCUAAAAUUACUUUUCCAGAUUGUUUUACCAACACGUGCUGUAGUCAUCCACUAAGCCACCCCCUGGAACUAGAAGAAAAUGAUGCCAUUGGUGUUCGGAGAGCAGCACAAAGACGACUGAAAGCAGAAUUAGGAAUUCCCUUGGAGCAGGUUACACCCGAAGAAAUCUCUUACCUGACACGAAUUCACUACAAGGCCAAGUCGGAUGGGAUUUGGGGUGAACAUGAAAUAGACUAUAUCUUAUUUGUACAGAAGGAUGUGACACUGAAUCCUGACCCUAACGAAAUCCAGAGCUACUGUUACAUGACACAGAAAGAACUAAAACAGCUCUUGGACAAAGCCUCCAAGAACGAAGUUAAGAUUACUCCGUGGUUUAAGCUAAUCGCAGAGACCUUUCUUUUUAAGUGGUGGGAUAACUUAGCUAACUUGAACAAGUUUGUUGAUCAUGAAAGAAUACACAGGAUGUAAGCAGCCAGUGGCGGAAGGCGCUGAAGGCUGGCAGUGGUGUGCUGUCUCACCAACAGUGUGGCAACUCUCACUCAAGUGCUAAAAAAUGCAGUCCACAUGGAGCACAUUUAACAAAUAACUUU